GCUCGAGCGAACUGGAAGGAUGGAUUCGCUGCCUUUGGCGUCAAUCUGGGCAGGAAUAAAGUUUCUACAGAUGAUGCGAGGUGGCUUUUAUUUCAAUUAGGAACUUCUUUUUCUUUGCUUGUUUUGUUCUUUAUUGUCAUUAAUCGCUCUCUAAAUCACUAUAUCAGCGCCAGGGUGGACUAUGAAAUCGGAAUCAACCAUUUUGCUCCGUAUUGUGACUACCUCGUCAUCAAUAUCUCAUCUCCUAAUACGCCUGGACUGCGGUCUAUGCAACGAAGGGCUGAUUUGGAGCAAUUACUGCUUCAUACCAAAUAUGUGCUUGAUCAUAUGAAACUAGAAACUCCACCCAAGAUGCUUCUCAAAAUUGCCCCAGACCUAAUCGAUUCUGAGAAGAAGGACAUAGCAAAGGUCGUUUUAAACCCAAAAUAUGGCAUUGAUGGGUUGAUAGUCUCAAAUACAACGAUAUCGCGGCCAGCCAGUCUUGUUAGCGAUAAACGAGCCGAAAGCGGAGGUCUUAGUGGAGCUCCGUUGCGACAGAUGAGUACAGAAUGCGUGCGAGAAAUGUAUAAAUAUACUAAAGGUCAAAUACCUAUAGUUGGUUGUGGUGUUCUACUCCGCUCUAGCUCUCCAUGGGUUUCCAGUCAUAGGAAAAGUAAGCUACACGAUUCUUUGGUCUUAUCCCUCAUGUUUGAUUUUUUAUGUGCUUCUUACUUAUUUUCAAGAGGAUUCUUCCAGAUAAAACGAGAACUAGCUGAGUUAUUGAUACGCGAUGGAUUUACAAAUGUCUCAGAAGCGGUUGGAGCUGAUCAUCGGGUGAAACGAUAACC